AUUUAGGCCAAAACCGCCUUUGGAAACCUCAUGGAUCGCACACGAAUAAAAAGAACUUAGUGACAUGAUGGUAUGAAUUGGGUACCAUGCCUAUUUUCCCCUCAUUUGCUCCGCCGUCAAGCUUUCGCCUUGGCUUGCGGGCGAUUACUGGCAAAUCCGGGAAAUCGGUCAUCUCUUCUACCGUUCGCUCAAUUUCGACGAGACAUAAUCCUUCAACGUCAUGCUUUCGAUAUAGCAGCAAUGGGGCUCAUAGCCCACUAAGAAUCCUUGCGAAUCGCUACUCAUAUAAUAUUUCGUCUAGGAGAUCUGUUGGAACGCUAUUUAGGUUCCGCGCGAUCACCGAAUACAUAAGCCUACCCGAUUCAUACGAAGACGCCGAAGGACUCCCCUUCCGAAAAGAGGAUCUCAACCAGAGGGAGGUUCAGAAAAUCUUCGGAUCGCACAUUACCGCCCAAAAUGCCAACAAGCUUCUAAGAAUAUUGCAUGGUCGUAGAGUAGCUGGUACUCUCGAAGACCCGAAUCUACGGGUGAACACGGCUCAUUUCAACGACUCCGAUCAAGCGAAGGCCUUAAAAUAUCUGCGCGCAAACAUCCCAGUGGACGAGAUCAUCAAUGCUGGUCUACGAGCCGAAGACGAACUCAAGUAUUUAGAGGAACAACAGGGAAAAGAGAAUGUUGAGCAGCAACCCGGAGGAACCAGUUCUCAAGACUCGCGUUCUAGCAAGAAUGUGAAAAAAGUGAAUGUUCCAACAGGGAAGCUUCCAAAGCCACCCAAAAGCGACUCCCCGUAUGGAGAAAGCCAAUUUGACCGAAUCCGAGCCAAGAACAUAGCGAAACGUGAGGCAGAGGAGAAGCGGCUAGCGGAGGAGCAACGAAAGCGCGAGGAAGAGGAAGCCCUGAAAAAUAUCGGAACGCUACAAACUCAGCAAGAGAAACCUAAGGCGUUGAGCCCGCGCAUGCAAAAAUGGACUGAGCGCGCAUCAAGUGACUGGAAAGAACCUCCAAAAAUGAAGGCAUGGGAACGUUUGCUUCCUUCCCUCGCGAUGACUAUUUUGGUUUGCGCGGCGUGUGCAGCGUAUGCGGCCAUGUACACACCACCUGCGCGAUCGAAUAGGCUAUGGCCGGAUAUACCACCAGCUGCAGCAACCUGUCUCGCUCUCAUCGGGAUCAAUUUACUGUGCUGGGCUGCCUGGAAGCUGCCGCCGUUAUGGGGAAUUUUAAACCGGUAUAUGAUUGUAGUGGCUGCGACGCCACGACCUUUACAAUUAAUCGGAGCUACUUUCUCCCACCACAGCCUUAGCCAUGCUGCCAUGAACAUGUUUAUGCUUUGGUUCUUUGGCACUCGUCUUCAUGACGACGUUGGGAGAGGAAACUUCCUUGCUAUAUACUUCGCAUCUGGGACUCUAGGAUUCAUGGGCAGUCUGGCAAAUUUAGUACUACUUAAAGGACUAGAUUUUACGACACUAGGAGCGUCCGGCGCAGUUUAUGGCAUUAUUGCUGCAUUCUUUUGGCUACACAAGCAUGAUGAAUUUAAACUGUUCGGGUAUCCGCCCGACCCAAUGUCCGGUCCUCAGGGGCUUUAUUUCAUCGCACUGAUCCUGGGUCUGCAUGUUCUGCCGCUGAUUUCUAAGAAGGCUCACAAUCUCGACGUAGCGUCGCACUUAUUAGGCUUGCUAGGCGGCGUGGUUAGCGCCGACCUCGUUAAAAAGCACAUGGAUGAUAAGGCAAGAAUAAGGGCUGAGAGGCUAAAGAAUAUGGGCACGCUGGAGAAGAGUGUACAAGUAAAGGAUCUGGAGAAGACGCCACCGGCGAGUGACGGGCGUUAAAUAUUGCAUACUAUGUAUAUACUCUUUGUAUAUAACUACGGCAAUUUCCGCCGAGGAAAUCUUCAACACAUAC